UCGUUCUACGCGACUGCUGUUACGCGAGCUCGUCGUCGGCUCGCGUCGUCAACGAAACUCUCUCUCUCUCUCUCUCUGCAGCUCUGCACGUGCGAUACUUGUACUUUGCACAAAAUUUCAGUGCGUUUACGUUGUUGUUUUUUUUCUUUCGACUUUAUAUCUCGUUGUUAUCGUUCAUGGGAGAGCAACCGACACGAGCCGAGUGUGCAUACAAGAGAUUAGUUGUCACCGCAACGCCGACGACGAUCAAUUAUGAUCGACUGCAGCAGCAGCAGCAGCGAGGCCUCCACCGCUACUGCCGCGCAUUCGCCGGGUAAUUGUUCCGAAUUACGUCAUCGCGAGCUCGCGUUUGAUACAACGGCGCUAUAAAUAAACGGCUUCGUCGAGUUCGCGUGUGCGCUAUCAACAACGUUUUCUCGCUCCGGCGAAACUCCAGUCGGCUUCUGCACCUGGUAACGUUCGAACGCGCUGCGUGCGCUGCGUCUGCUAAAACGAGUUGCCUCAACGAUCGUCGAGAGAAAGAGAGAAGAAAAUGGCCAACCUGGUGGCGUUGGCCUUCCUCGUGGCCCUGGUGACUUAUCUGAUCCUCAAGUUCCUGGAAACGCGACGACGCUUCGCCGGCAAGGGCGUGCCCAAUCCGCCCGAGCUGCCCUUCAUCGGCGUCAUGGGCAAGAACGCGAUGGCCCAGAAGCACAUGGUCGACGUGCUCGCCGAGAUCUACGGCUUCCAGCCCGAGGCCAAGUACGUCGGCUGCCACUUCUUCCUCAAUCCGAUGGUGGUGAUACGCGACCUCGACCUCAUCAAGAGCGUCCUCAUCAAGGACUUUGACUACUUCGCCGAUCGCAAGGUCUUCGUCGACGAGGACACGGAUCCUCUCUUCGGCAAGAAUCUCGUCUCUCUCAACGGGCCCCGCUGGAAGGAGGUGCGCAGCAUACUCACGCCCUCCUUCACCACCAACAAGAUGAGGGCCAUGUUCGUGCUGAUGAGCAAGUGCGCCGACACCUUCAGUAGGACCCUCCUGCAGACGCGCGCCGACAGCCCGGCGAUCGACAUGAAGGACACCUUCACGCGAUACGCCAACGACGUGAUCGCGAGCUGCGCCUUCGGCUUCGAGGUGGACAGCCUCAAGGACCCCGACAACGAGUUCUACGUCAACGGACGCGAAUCGCUGGCCAAGUUCGGCCGAUUCUCCCUCGAGAGCUUCAUCAUGUUCUUCGUGCCGGCGCUCGGUCGCCGACUGGGACUGCAGCUCAUCCCGAAGAAGAACUCCUGCUACUUCAUCGAUCUCAUCGACAAGACCAUGAAGGAGCGCAGGGAGAAGGGCCGCUCGAGGCCGGACAUGCUGCAGCUGCUGAUGGACGCGCAGGACAAGACGCACGACCUCGACGUGCUGGACAUCACGGCCCAGGCGUACCUGUUCUUCCUCGGGGGCUUCGAGACCGUCUCGACGCAGAUGUGCUGGAUGGCCCACGAGAUGGCCAUCCACCAGGACAUCCAACGCCGCGUCCAGGAGGAGAUCGACCAGAUGAUGCGGGACUGCGACGGCCAGCCGACCUACGAGGCCAUCAACAAUCUCAACUACCUCGACGCCGUGUUCUCCGAGACUCUGCGAGUCCAUCCGCUGCCGACGCUGAACCGCGUCUGCGCCAAGGAGUUCGUCCUGCCGCCGGCCUAUCCGGGCGCCGAGCCGUUCGUCGUCGAGCCCGGCAUCGAGAUCGUCGUGCCGGUGCACUCGAUCCAGCACGAUCCGCAGUACUACGACGAGCCGGACAGGUUCGAGCCGGAGCGAUUCGCCGACAAGCGAUCGACCACCAGCGACGUCGUGACGCUGGGCUUCGGCCUCGGCCCGAGGAUGUGCAUCGGCAAUCGUUUCGCCAUACUCGAGACCAAGAUCGUGUUCGUGCAUCUGCUGGCCAAGUGCAAUCUCGUGACGUGCGACAAGACCUGCGUGCCGACGCGCUACGACAAGCGAAUUUUCAUGCCCACGGCUGACGGCGGCUUCUGGUUGAAAAUCGAGCCGAGAGAAAAGUCAGCCUGAUUUCAGUUGCUUUUUUUUCAAUUCAAAAAUUAUAUCGUUGUAUUUUUUUAAUCAAUUUUUAACAAUCAUAUUUGUGUGUAUAAAACUUUGCAUCUGGGUACACGUGUGCUAUAGCCUUUGAUUAGAUUAGAUAAUAACUAGUCGUCUCGUGUUUUUCAUUUGUGCAAUAUAUUAUAAAGAAUCGGUGUAAUCAAUCAUUUGUACGAUACUCAUCAAUUAUCAUCCGACUAAUUUACCUAUUUUUAAAUUACAAAAUCUAAGUUUUUCCUUCUAUAGAUUAUUAUUAUUUUCAUCAUCGUCAUAUAUUAUUAU